AUGUGUCAGCACAAGUUUAUUUUUUUUGUUUCUUCUCUUCUCCGUCUUCUCUGUGAGGAUGACGACGUAGUCGUAACCCUAAAGAAACCUCUCCAAAUCAAUCGCAACAAUCCACUAAUGAUACCUCACCAUAAGCUCAAGAACAAAAUCACAGAGAAGACAGCUCUGAAAAAGAUCGAAUCCGAGAAUAUUCCCAUCACCACCGUGAUCAAAGUCUCGAAGCUUAAGAGGGAGUUGAAAAAGGUAGGGGUAGAGGAAGGGAAGGGGCACGAGAUGUACUUCACGGAGAGGAGGUUGUUGCCGCGACGGGGACUUGUAGUGUUGUGGCGGAUAUGGAGGGGAUCGCUGAUUCGAUUCCAGGGAAGUGGAAGAAUGUGUAUUAUCAAGGAGAACAACUUCAAACAGCCUGGAGAUAGAUACAGAUCAUGGGCACCAGACAGGCAAGACAGGUUUGUAAAGAGAUGGGUUGAGAAAUUGUCAGAGCCACGUCCGCAGAGUCUGGAUCUCUUACUGGUCUCAGGCUGAUCGAUCUGUGGGACAGAAACUUGCAAGCCGUUGAGCCUCAACUCACCUGAAACCUCGAGUUCUCUCUCUCUUGUCCGUAGACCUCGAGCUCUCUCUCUUCUCUGCAGACCCGAAUCAUUCCGAACACGAAAGGUUCUCUCUCUCUCGAAUCCUCAUGUCCCUCAUUAACCAGCUCGAAAAGGUCUCACCUUUAGUCAUCUAGCUUGGUUCUAAUUAAUUCGCAUGAUCUGUUUGACUUUGAGUAAUAUAUCUUGUCACGAGGAAGUUUCCUGACUAGUUCCAGUUUCUUACUGCGAUGUUUUUUUGUGCAACUCCAAGAUAAGAAAUCAAUGACUCUAUCUCCCGAUGACAAGUAGGAUCGUGCAGGAAGAACAGACUUGU